AUGCGUGAUAAGCUGUUUAUGGUCUAUGACCACGCACAGCAGAAGAAACACGUCUUCGCCUUUGCCAAAGCUAGGGUCCUUGCCCGAGCCAAUGACAAAUUGGCUAGAUUGCUGCUGGAAAAUUGGUCUCCGACUAACACAAUCAACAGAGCCAUAGGCCUCCAUCGCACCUAUCGGGCGUUGCGCACAAGGCUCCAGUCCGGUUCGAACAAGAGCUCCCGUUUUCGUCCACGGACAAUGCGAGAGUACAAAGUAGUGGUGUUGGGCAGUGGUGGCGUGGGGAAAAGUGCACUAACUGCGCGAUUUGUCAGUGGACGGUUCGAAGAGAAGUAUGACCCAACAAUCGAAGAUUUCUACCGAAAGGAAAUUCUGUGA